CUUCACGGCAGGCCGGGCUGAACAGCCUGUGUUCAGCCCAACACAUGUUCCACUAGCCCGCACACGCAACUCCCGGUCCCGGUCAAUCCCCACCACUCGUUUUCCCUACUCACCCUGCCCCGUUUAUUCCAUCUCCUCCCUACGCACCUCUUGCCACCGCCGCAGCACAUCCCCGAAAGCUAGGUUUUUAUCACUCCACCCAUCAUCGCCUCGGCGGCCGCACAACCGACCUCCUCGAAGCCCCGAUCUCCUUCACCUCUCCUCUCCGUGCCAGAUCGUUGUUUAUGAGCUCGAAGGAGAAGCCCACCCUCGGAGGCCAGCGGAUUAAGACCCGCAAGCGGAAUAUCGCAGCUCCUUUGGACCCUUCGUCGUUCUCUGAUGCAAUUGUCCAGAUUUAUCUGGAUAAUGCUGGAGACCUGGAACUUGUUGCCAAAAGUAUAGAGUCAUCAGAUCUCAACUUCUCACGUUACGGUGACACUUUCUUUGAGGUUGUUUUCAUUGGUGUGCGUACUCAGCCUGGUACGAUUAAACCCGAAGAAGAGGGAGAGCGCCACCCCUAUUCUCUCAUUGACUGUGCAGCACAACGUGAAGCAAUAUUACCUUAUGUCCUCUUUAUUCAGAAAACAUUGCGCAGGAGGCCUUUCUUAAUAAAGAGUCUUGAAAAUGUUAUGCGAAAAUUUCUCCAGUCUUUGGAGUUCUUUGAAGAAAAUGAGAGACAGAAACUUGCCAUUUUCACGGCACUUGCAUUUUCUCAGAAAUUAUCAGGUCUGCCACCUGAAACUGUCUUUCAGCCAUUGCUUAAGGACAAUCUUGUUGCCAAAGGGAUAGUGCUUUCAUUCAUUACUGAGUUCUUCAAGGAAUAUCUGAAGGAAAAUAGUUUGGAUGAUCUGAUUGCACUUUUAAAGAAAGGCAAAAUGGAGGACAAUUUACUUGAAUUUUUUCCAUCAGGAAAGAGAACCUCUGAGGCUUUGUCUGAGCAUUUCACCAAAGAAGGUUUGACUAGCCUUGUUGAGUACAAUAGCAAGAAAAUGUUUGAAGUUAAGCUCAAGGAGAUAAAGUCAACUCUGACCACUAUGAUCAAUGAAGAAGCUGAAAUAUCUGAAGUAACUGAGGUUGUCAAGCAACAGGUUAAAGAUGCUAAAUUUCCUGAUAUAGAGGUUGUUCGCAUGCUGUGGGAUGUGCUGAUGGAGGCUGUUCAGUGGUCUGGAAAGAACCAGCAGCAAAAUUCUAAUUCAGCACUUAGGCAGGUGAAUGCUUGGGCUGGUCUUAUGAAUGCAUUUUGCACAAGUGGAAAGCUAGAACUGGAACUCAUAUACAAGGUCCAGACACAGUGUUAUGAGGAUGCUAAGUUGAUGAAGCUGUUCCCUGAAAUUAUAAGAUCACUGUAUGAUCAAGAUGUCCUAGCUGAAGAUACCAUACUUCUUUGGUUCCGCAAGGGUUCAAACCAAAAAGGAAGGCAAUCUUUCGUGAAAGCUCUGGAGCCUUUCGUCAAAUGGCUCGAGGAGGCCGAGGAGGAAGAAUAAAGAGGCACGGUUGUUGCUUUAAAAUGAGUAUUUCCUUAUACCCCAUGUUUGCGGAGACGGUGGUCAUCCUUUUGCUGCUUAUUACUGAACAAACAUUUUAUAUUCAGAUGUGAGCAUUGCUGUCAUCUGCUAUCAUUUUCGACAUUAUUGUACCAGGAUUUGGAAGGAACGUUACCUACUUUGUGCCGUGUAUUAGUUGUUACAUGGAUAUUUAUGCAGAGUGCACAUUUUUAA